UAGCAUAGUCCUAUACGGCUGUUGGAUUUGUUGAGCUGCAUCUGAAACUGACAGACAUGGAGUUGGUGUACUUUGACUGGCUGGACUAUUUGGUCUUCGGAACGAUGCUGCUACUCUCGGCACUGAUCGGUGUCUAUUUCGCGUUCUUCGCAAGCAAGAAGCAGAAUACUACAUCCGAGUAUUUGAUGGGAGGCAAGACAAUGGGAAUGUUACCAAUAUCUAUGUCAUUAAUUGCAAGUUACAUAUCCGGUAUUUCACUGCUUGGAUUACCAUCGGAGAUGUACACAUAUGGGACACAGUUGUGGGCGAUAGUUCUGUCGGAAUGGGUUGUUUCUGUCACUAUUGCUCUCGUCUAUCUACCAGUGUUCUAUAACUUGCAAAUAACAUCAACCUAUGAGUACUUGAGGCUUCGCUUCAACCAAAACGUUAGACUUCUUGGAUCAUUGAUAUUUAUUCUGAAAAUGAUGCUUUACAUUCCCAUUGUAAUAUAUGUACCUGCGCUAGCAUUUAGUCAAGUAACGGGAAUCAAUUUACACUUAAUAACACCGAUAGUAUGCAUAGUCUGCAUAUUUUAUACAACAUUGGGUGGUAUCAAAGCUGUGGUAUGGACAGAUACAUUACAAACUAUACUGAUGUAUUUUGGAGUUAUUUUCGUCCUGGUUUACGGAACAUGGAGGUUAGGAGGAUUUAGUGAAGUUAUGAGGAUUAGCAAAGAAGGCGACCGCUUAGACUUUUUCAAUAUGGAUCCUGAUCCGACAAUUCGUCACACGUUUUGGACUACCGUUGUAGGUAAUUACUUUAGCUGGCUAGCAUCUUGCUCAGUGAACCAGGCGAUGGUACAAAGGUGUCUCGCGCUGUCAUCUCUAAGGAGAGCAAGAAUAACAAUAUUUAUCAUGGCUGCAGGGAUCUACAUAAUAGUGUCACUAUGUUGCUACACGGGUCUUGUUAUAUACGCAACAUUUGCGACAUGUGAUCCACUCACUACCGGAGCUAUCAAGAAAAGUGACCAGUUACUUCCAUACUUUGUGAUGUCAAUCACAGGAUCUAUACCAGCUUUACCUGGCAUAUUCAUGAGUGGUGUGUUUAGUGCUGCAUUGAGUACAAUGUCCACGGGUCUCAAUUCAAUGUGCGGUGUUAUAUUUGAAGAUUUGAUAAGACCAGCGUAUAGGAAGCCGAUAUCAGAGAAAACAGCCAGCCUUAUAAUGAAGCUAAUAGUUGUUGUUAUUGGUGCAGCAUGCGUUACGUUAGUAUUCCUGGUGGAACAUAUGGGUGCCUUGAUACAAGCCGGUAAGAGUCUGGCUGGAAUCACUGCUGGCAGUCUUCUGGGUCUCUUUACUAUGGGAUUGUUUUUACCUUGGGUCAACGCGACGGGUGCUUUGGCCGGUGGAUUGUCUUCAACUCUCCUAGUUGGAUGGAUAUCAUUGGGGACCCAAACUGCUAUGCUUCGUGGUGAAAUCCUGAUUGUACCAAAACCAGUCAGUGUUGAUGGAUGUACAGGAAACUUUUCAUUACCUACGCCUCCUCUAGAGACAUCAACCGUUGAGUUCGAUAGAUCGGGUACAUUUUUCUUAUACAGAAUAAGUUACCUAUAUUAUACACUUAUUGGUAUGCUUGUGUGUGUUUUCACUGGUGUAAUUGUAUCUUACUUUACACAACCAAAUGAUCCGGCUAUGGUACACCGAGAUCUGCUUACUCCAGUGAUACACCGCUGGCUUCCACCACAAAGUCCCUCAUGUAGAAGACCAAGACUCACUCAACAUGACAUUGAGCAACAUGCACGUGAAAUGGAUCAAAUGUGCACUCAAGCUGCAUUAAUGCUCUAUGAACGGUUUGCUGCUAUGGACAUGCAUGAUAUCCAGUACCAUGAAGAUCUGACACCCGUCCUCGAUAGAAAAAAUAAAAAGGCACACUGUUCAACCAUCAAAACAAAACAACUAGAAGAAUCCUAAGUUAAUUAUUAAUGUAUGUUGUAAAUGUUAUAAAUGUUGUAAAUAAUAGUAAUUGUAGUAAUAAUAA